AUGGGUUCUGUCAUAAAGAAGGCUAAAAGGAAAUACCAGGUGAACACACAUUGGUGAUAAUCAAAUGAGGGAGACCUUGACAGGAUAAGAUGAACAGACUACCCCCGCCCCCAACCAACAUGGCUGUGAACCUCAGAGCAGUGGAGCCAAGACUGGAGAUCAGAAGCUGAGGCUAGACCCAGUGGCUACGGCGAGAGGGCAAUGCCUCAGGACGCCAAGGCAGAGGACAGAAGAGCUCCAAGAGCCACUGGGUAUUCAGACUCAGAGUGCAGUGUCAGAAAGUCAGCUCAGAGGAAAGAAAGAAAACCGGAAACAUGACCGGAGAGGAAACAUGCAGAAAGAAUAGAUGUGUGGCCAUCCUGGAGUUCAGCCUGGGGGCAAGGUUCUCCCCUCCUGCUGGAGCACUGCACAGCUACAACCACCACGGAAGCCAGCGGGGCGAGCUCCCUGAACCUGGGCAUUCCUCCCGUAGAGACCUCAAGUGAAAACAUGGAGCCUGAAGGUCAGAGCGUGAAGCGGCUGGCACCAUUGUCCUUGGGAAGAUAUCACAUUUCUGGGGAGUACGGCUUUCUCCUUCCCAAUCCUCUGGGAGAACUUCCCGACUAUUACAAGCCUUGGAUGGAAAUUGCCCACAGACUUCCUCACUUAAUUGAGAGCCACCAGCUCCGAGCUCAUGUGUACAAGAUGCCUCUCCUGGACUGCAGAUUCCUAAAGAGUUACCGUGAGCAGCGGCUGGCACACCUGGCACUGGCCGCUAUCACCAUGGGAUUCGUCUGGCAGGAAGGAGAAGCCCAACCGCCAAAGGUGCUGCCAAGAACUCUGGCCAUUCCUUUUGUUGAGGUAUCCAGGAACUUGGGACUCCCACCUAUCCUGGUCCACUCUGACCUGGUGCUGACAAACUGGACCAAAAGGAACCCAGAAGGACCGUUGGAGAUCAGUAACCUGGAAACCAUCAUCUCCUUUCCGGGGGGAGAGAGCCUGCGGGGCUUCAUCCUGGUGACUGUCUUUGUGGAGAAGGCAGCAGUGCCCGGCAUUAAGGCCCUUGUUCAGGGAGUGGAGGCCAUUCUGCAACACAGCCAGGACACCCUGCUAGAAGCCCUGCAGCAGCUGAGACUCUCCAUCCAGGACAUCACCAGAGCCUUGGCUCAAAUGCAUGAUUAUGUAGACCCAGACGUGUUUUACUCGGUCAUCCGGAUCUUCCUCUCUGGGUGGAAGGACAACCCAGCCAUGCCUGAGGGGCUGGUCUAUGAGGGUGUUGCCACAGAGCCUCUGAAGUACUCUGGAGGAAGUGCAGCCCAGAGCUCCGUGCUUCAUGCCUUCGAUGAGUUCCUGGGCAUUGAGCACUGCAAGGAAAGUGUUGGCUUUCUACACAGAAUGAGGGACUACAUGCCACCUUCCCAUAAGGCUUUCCUGGAGGACCUCCACUCAGCUCCUUCUCUGAGAGACUACAUACUGGCCUCUGGUCCUGGGGGCUGCCUGACGGCCUAUAACCAGUGUGUGGAGGCCCUGGUAGAGCUGCGCAGUUACCACAUCACCGUGGUGGCCAGAUACAUUAUCUCUGCGGCCACCAAAGCCAGGAGCAGGAUGCUGAGUCAUCUCUCACCUCAUGCCUUGGAAGACAGGGGCACUGGGGGCACAGCCGUGCUGAGCUUCUUGAAGAGUGUCAGGGAGAAGACCAUGGAAGCCAUCCUGUGUCCUGGUUCUUAGCAGUUCAUGUCCUGCAUCCUAGCACUAAGCUGUUCUCAUCCUGUAUCCCAGUUCUUAGCUGUUCUCAUCCUGAAUCCCAGUGCUUAGCUGUUCUCAUCCUGCAUCCUAGUGCUUAGCAGUUCAUGUCCUGCAUCCUAGAGCUUAGCUGUUCUCAUCCUGCGUCCUAAUGCUUAGCAUUUUAUAUCCAGCAUCCAAGUGUUUAGAGGUUCACAUCCUGCAUCCUUGUGCUUAGCAAUCAUGUCCUGCUUUCUAGUACUUAACAGUCACAUCCUGCAUCCUAGUGUUUAGCAGUCAUGUCCUGCUUCCUAGUGCUUGGUUGCUCUCAUCCUGCAUCCCUGUGCUUAGCAGUCAAAUCCUGCUUCCUAGUGCUUAGCUGCUCUUAUCCUGCAUCCCAGUGCUUAGCAGUCAUGUCCUACUUCCUAGUGCUUAGCUGUUCUCAUCCUGUAUCCCAGUGCUUAGCUGUUCUCAUCCUGUAUCCCAGUGCUUAGCUGUUCUCAUCCUGUAUCCCAGUGCUUAGCUGUUCUCAUCCUGCAUCCUAAUACUUAACAGUCAUGUCCUGUGGGAGCAGAACCAGGGUCAGAGCUCUGCCUGAACCUAAGCAUAGUUUUGCUGCAAAGGACACCACAUCCUUGUUUGUAAACUGUGGCUCUCACCCUGACCCCACCCCAGCCAAUUUGCUUGAUAGAAACCUUUCUGCCCUGCCCAAUCCCCCUGCCUCAUAUCAGAGAGCUGCAGCCAUGUCUUCAUUCAGUAUUUGAUGAGCAAGUUGGAGAUACCCAAGCUCAAUUUAAAAAGAAUGAGGUUGCCUUUGGGCACGGUACCUCGGUACCUCGUCUUUUCUUACCCUGGACCCUUCCUCCCUCCCUCUCUCCCCCCUCCCUCUCUCACACCCUCUCUCUCCUCUUGCUACCCUGCCUGUUCACUCCCUUUUCCCCUUCUUGCUGUCUCCCCAUCCCUCCUUCCCUCCACCCUUCCCUUUUUGUCUGUGAAACACAAGGUCUUCCUGCUUCACCCUUCAGAGGUGAUGCGCAUGUGCUGUUUGUGUGCACAGGUUAUUAUAAGGCUUUGCCCUACUGGAGAUUACUCCCAAAGUUUUGCACAUAACCAGGCAAUUGCUCUACCACCUGGCUACAGUCUCAACUCUCUGUAUUCCUGAAGGAAAGUCUUGAUGAAUUGCUUAGGCUGGUAUUGAAGUCUUUAGCCUAGGCAGGCCUUAGUCUGAGUAGUGGGAUUUACAGGGAUGAGCCACUGAGCCACACUGCUGCCACUGCUAAAGAUGAUGAUGAUGAUGAUGAUGAUGAUGAUGAUGAUGAUGAUGAUGAUGAUGAUGAUGAUGAUGAUGAUAACUACAAUGGUCGAAUGACAGCAAUGGUAAUGGCGGCUGUCUCUUCCCUUUUUUUGUUUGUUUUUGGGUUUUAUUUUAUUUUACUUUGAGGCAGUGUCUUAGUAUGCUUUAGCCCAGGUUUUCUUGAACUACCUCAGCCACCCUAGUGCUUAGAUUAUACACAUGAGCCUCCAUGACUGGCUCUAGAUUCUUUCAAUUCACCAAGCCCUACUGUGCUCUUGCCUGUGACCCGGGGCAGCCUCCUCCUCCAUGCCCAGGCUGAGUUCAGCACUGGGAGUUAGAUGCUGGGCAGAGAUUUGCUGGAUGAAGAAUCUGUCCAUGCAGACCUGGAAGUCACCGGCAUGGGAGCCGUCAGCUACUGACUUGGAAUCGAUGUCACUCCCCCACAGGGUGCAGACAUUGCCGAUUCUAUUUUAACUCUCUCUGUUCUAUUUUUAGGACUGUGUUUUUCUUUCUCCUAGUGACACUGGAAAUUUGUUUGUGAAAAAUGCUUUAAUUGACCCCUUGAAAGUAAGUGAGCCAAAUAAGAAUAAAUAGUAAGUCCACAUGUUUAGGAUAAAAAUAAAUGUGGCUUUUAUAUUCCACA